AACAGCGUGAAGAACGCUGUGAUGACAUUCCGGAUUAAAUGGUAUAGACGUCCCUCUUGUGGAAUCGGUGUUGUGAAGUUCAAAAAUGCGGACGACGCACGUUUGGGCACCGAAAUUUUUGUUUAUCAUGGAUAUUCAGAAUCCGAAAAGUAUAGCUGCUUUGGCGAUGAUACGGUUUACUUAGGUGAUAUGUCGUUCUGUGAAGUAACUUUAUCAGUACUUGUUUUUAUGAGCCCAAUAUUAUUGAUUCAACUUCUACUCUUAGCUCAAUUCAUAGCCCCCUGUUCAGAUACACCUAUUGACCCAAACGCUAGCAUCUACCUUCUGUUUUAA